AUGUCACCGCCAGGACAUACUAAUACUCUUCGCCUAGGCCCUUCGAAGCUCAACCUUAUAGGUUCUGAUGGCAAAUACGCGGGACCGGACGGCCAGACAUUUAUCGGCCGUCAUCUGACAGACGCACCGUUUACCUUCAGUUUAAACAUGGAGUUUGCCCUUCGGUCCGAAGGAUAUAUCGCUGGCGCCAGCGUUUUCCUUACCCAGGUAGGAUUCUAA